AUGGACAGGGCUGUCUCUGUGAACUACUGGCUGGGACUGGUAGCCUUUCUGCUCCUACAAGGGGUAGUCAGUGUGGAGGGGAGAAGCAUCUUCAACCCUGGUGAGUCUGCUGGCUUGGUGAAUGUGGUAGCUUGUUGCGUGUACUAGCUGGGUUUUCUGAGGCAUAGACUACCUGACGAUGUAGACAAUCUGAGGAUGCAACCACGGGCUCCUUUCCAUCACUGGCUUGCAUGCACUGUUUGUUGUUAAAAUUUAGGCAUGAGAAAGCUCUCCUGGUGAAUAAUUGGGGCAAAUUGCACACAAGAUGUGCAACAGGUAGUUUCAAUAGUUGUUACAUUUGACAAGCCAUUCAUCUUUCAUAUAUUAAUAAUUUAAUUAUUGACAAGCUCAGAGAAUACAUUAUCAUGCAGAACAUGACUCAAUAGUUCCGAAUCAUAUGUAAAGAGGAUGAAUGUGUUACUGGUAUUAUGUGGAAAACAUGUUUUUGCUUGCCAAUUCAAUUGUUCUUCUAACAAUACUGUGAAUACUACACUGUGAAUGUGGAUCAGUUUUAAGUGAAUAUUGUGUCAUUCUAGAUUUAUUUAUAGUAAUCACAUAUGCAUUGUCAUUUCCCACAUAUCCAGGAAACCAUGUUUAUCACCCAAGGGAAGGCACAGAUGGCCAGAACAAGAUUCUAGCAUUGUUACUACACAAAAGCUUAGAACCUGUUGAAAGAAAUUACGCUUUAGGUAAGGCAUUUACAGUAUAGCAGCACAUACAUAUCACUACACAUACUCAUGUAGAUGAUCCUGUAUAAUAAUACGCAUGGGUUGACCAAGUGUUUCUCAGGUUUGUUGUGAUGUUAUCUGAUUUGCUUCUCUGCAGGUUUACACUUGGACAACAAACUAGCAGAGUUGGUGGAGGUAGGGCAUUAAAGGGUUUUUGUUACAAAAUACAGUAAAAUAAAUAGAUGUGCAUUAAUGUGCAGUCAUAUCCUUAGCAGAUAAGAUACUUUUUAUGGGUUCAUGAGACGAACAGAUAAACACAGCUACCUUUGACUGAGGUACUUUGUACAUUCUCUGGAGAAAUUCCCUUUGGAUGUCAUCUUUGUAUGAUUCACCAGCAAAAGGCACCUUCCACAGAGACCAGCACAGUGUUCCUUUGGCCGUCUGUGACCAGUGUUCUCUCAUUGCAGCUAGAGGCUUUGAAGGAGGGUCUGGAGCUGUCAUCCAACAUAUUAGCAGAGGACAAGUCCAUUCCAAGGAAAAGG